AUGGCCAAAAAUCUGAUGCAAGAUAUCGUCGACGUCUCGACAGAGCACAUCAAGGUGCUGGCCGAUGACGACGGCGUGGCGGUUCUGCAACUCAACCGCCCGCAGAAACGCAAUGCCUUCACUCAGGCCAUGAUCGAUAGCAUGGUUGCAGCGUUGGGUUACCUGGACGCACGGAAGGACAUUCGUGCGCUGGUCGUGACGGGUAGCCCGGGUGGUGCCGGCAUGGACCUCAAGGAGCUGAUUCAAAUCUCGACGGCCGAGGCACACCAGAGAAACUUCCUCAAGGACCUCACAGAUGCCUUUGCCCGCUUCUCGAAGCCCUCUAUCGCUGCUGUGGUUGGCUUCGCUUGCGACAUCAUAUACGCUGAAGAAAGUGCCAAAUUUGGACUCCCAGAAAUAACAAUCGGCACUAUUCCUGGUGCUGGAGGGACUCAGAGGUUUGCUCGAGCCUUAGGCAAACACAGGGCCAUGGAACUUAUUCUGACGGGUGACUCGGUAACUGGCGUUGAGUUCGAGCGUCUUGGACUUGUGAACAAAGUGUUCCCGAAGGAACAGGUCCAGGACGAAGCAAUCAAGCUCGCCAGGCGUAUCGCAGCCCUAUCCGCAACGGUCGUUGCGUCUGCGAAGCAGGCUGUCUUGACAGCCGAGAACUCGCAUCUUGAAGCUGGCAUGGUUCACGAGAAGGCACUGUACUACUCGACGUUCAGUACUCAUGACUGCAGAGAGGGGCUGACAGCGUUUUUGGAGAAGCGGCCGCCGCGGUUUGAGCAUAGAUAG